AUGGAGAAGAAAAUGAUGACUUUCGCUGGGCUGGUGAUUAUGGUCGUCGUCCUCAAUGUAUGUCCUGCAAUUGGAGGGUGCGACGCAGAAUUAGUGAAGUUGUUGCCCUGUGCUACGUUCUUUAUGGGCCCUGCCGUAGGGAAGGCCCCUCCUGAGUGCUGUGAAGGUGUAAAAAAUGUGCUUGAUGGAGCUGAUACCAAUGAGAAGCGCAGGAGUCUUUGCCAAUGUUUGAAAGACACAGCUAUUGGUGCUGAAGUUAAAAUCACCCCUGAAAAACUUAAGAACGUUACUGACCCUUGUGGCGUUAAUGAUCCCAAUUUCGACUGCAACACAAUUCCGGUGUUUGAAUGGGAUCAAAUAGAACUUGGAGAAGAAGAUUAGCUACAGGAUAAUGUUUUGUGAUGCAUAAUUAAUUAGUAUUCUUCCGAGAACAAGAAUUUAUAUGAAUAAUAAG